AUGAAUACGAAUGAGCAGGCUGGGAGCCUUAGGGAUUCGUUGAAUCGUUGGAAUGAGACAAGAGGCCAGAACUCACAAGGGUUCAAUGAGGGAGCUCAAACGUUAUUUUCAGGUUGGGCGGAAUCGUUAAACAGUAGAGCUCAAGAUGUUUAUCAGAGGCUUCCGAUGACGCGGCAGGAUCUGACUCAGAGCCAGGAGCCCGAGUGGUUUGCGAUGAGUCGGACGGAGAGGUUAGCUUUGUUUGCUUGUUUUAUAUUAGGGUCUGUUGGAUGCUUUAGUAUAUGUAUUAUGUUGUUUCCUAUGCUUGCUGUGAAGCCAAGGAAGUUCGGGUUACUGUGGUCGAUGGGGUCGCUGCUGUUUGUACUGGCAUUUGGGGUGCUUCAGGGGCCGGUGGAGUAUAUUAAGCACUUGACGUCGAGGGACAGGUUGCCAUUUACGCUAUUUUUCUUCACCACCGCCAGUUUGACUAUCUAUUUUGCGGCAUUUUUGAAGAGUUCUUUGCUUACAAUUCCAUGUGCCAUCUUGGAGUUGGUUUCUGUCAUUUACUAUGCAGUGAGUUACUUCCCGUUUGGUACCUCAGGUAUCAGGAUGUUUAGUGCUUAUGGGUUGAAUACUGCGAGGGGGGCGUUGAGAAUAUAA